UGGACCGGGUUUUUCAAUUGUGGCCCAAUGGAUCUUGAGAAUCGAUUUGAGGUGUAAAGGUGGCAUAGUUCACCAUUGUGCUAUCAAAAUUUGCUGUUAAUGAUCUCUCAUGGUUGCUGGGAAAUUUGACUGAGAUUUGCGAGUUUUCUCCAAAUCUGAUAUCCGCUGAUUUAUAGCCGAAAUCCAUCGAAUUUGGAACCUGCCCGCGGUACCCGCCCCUGGAACACCACAUACUUUGAACACAAAUCAAGUCACCUGGUUCUGGAGGCAUAAGUCGUGAGGAAAUUUUUUGAUCUGACAAUGAUUUUGCAAGCUACAAAAGCAAAUGUGGACAGGGAAGCUCAAACUUGUUUGCUGUGCUUUGAUUUCUAGCCCAUAGCUUGAGCAACUGUGUUAUUUACCAGCAAGCUUUUAAUACAACUAUCCCUGCCAGCCUCAGUCUUGUAUGCUGUUGAAAUCUAGAACAAUGAAAGCUGAGGAAAAUGACAUACUAGUGUGUGCAUCAGAGUUUAUUCCAGAUAGGCUGUACUUUGUCACUCUUCGGUCAUACUUGAGACCUAAGUCAACAGCAAACACUCAUUACUUCUCUGUGGAUGAUGAACUUGUUUAUGAAAACUUCUAUUGUGACUUUGGCCCACUCAACCUGGGAAUGCUCUACAGAUACUGCUUCAAACUUGGCAGAAAACUUAAG